CUUAGCCCCUUACACACCACUCUUCAAUCAACCCAUCCCAUGUCCAUCUUACCUCAUCACAAGUACCCCUUGCGGUACUCAUCCCACCAUCAUGCCCGACUGGCACACCCCCCUCUCACCACAUGCGUUCGUUGCGCCGCCACCACCACCACCACCACUACCAAGCCCGUCGGAACCACCGAUCCUGAUUUGCAAUCAACAUGGACUCACCGCGCGUGGGUUGCAACUGGGUGCACAUCCGUGCUUGUUUCUCUAGCAAAAUCAGCCAUGGCAGCUUCAGAGACGAGCGCAACCAUAUGGUUUGAGCCACUUCUCGCUUCCUACCUUGGCUACCUACUUGCCGACCUUGGCUCCGGAAUCUACCAUUGGGCAAUCGACAACUACGGCGAUGCCUCGACCCCCUUAUUUGGAUCUCAAAUCGAAGCCUUCCAAGGCCACCACAAGUUUCCAUGGACAAUCACUAAGCGCCAAUUCGCCAACAACCUCUACGCCCUUGCACGAGCGGUGGCAUUCGUGGUUAUUCCCAUAGACCUUACAAGCAACGAUUUGGUUGUUCAUGCCUUUGUAGGAGUCUGUUCUGGUUGUAUCAUGUUUAGCCAACAGUUCCAUUCGUGGGCUCAUGGGACCAAAAGCCGUCUUCCUCCAUUAGUGGUGGCAUUACAAGAUGCAGGUGUGCUUGUCUCACGCACACAACAUGCCGCACACCAUCGCUCACCUUACAACAACAAUUACUGUAUAGUGAGUGGAGUAUGGAACGAGUUUUUGGAUAGAAAAAGCGUGUUUGAGGCGCUGGAAAUGGUUUUCUUCUUUAAGUUUGGGGUGCGGCCACGGUCUUGGAGUGAGCCCAACCCUGAUUGGACUGAAGAAAUUGAGAAGAUCCCUUCUCUCCAAACUAAACCCCAAGAACUUGUUUGUACAUAGAUUCUUAAUUUCUGG